UAUGAGUUUAACAAAAGAAAUAAAAGUAGUACUAUUAGGGGAUUCGGGAGUUGGAAAAAGUAGCCUUCUGUAUAGGUUUGUUGAGAAUGAUUUUUAAGAGAAGGGUUAACCUACUUUAGGAGCAGCAUUUUAAAGCAAGACAAUAUUAAUAGAUGGAAAAGCAUUGAAAUUUUAAAUUUGGGAUACUGCAGGGUAAGAGAAAUAUAAAGCAAUAUUACCCUUAUAUUAUAGAGGUAUGUAUUUAGUAAUAUUUGAGAUGCAAAAGUAGCACUUUUAGUUUAUGAUGUAAAUGAUAAAUAAAGUUUUGAAGGUGUGAAAGAAUGGUUUAAGUAAUUGUAAGAGUAAGGACCUUUAGAUUAAAGUAAUUAUAAUUUAAUUGUGAAGUUAGAGUGAUAAUAGGCAAUAAAUGUGAUUUAGAAUAGAAUGUUUCAGAUGAAAAUGGAAAGGAAUUAGCUAAAUAAUAUAAUGCCAUAUAUUUUAAAACUAGUUGUAAAGACAAUAUUGGAGUUCAAGUAUUUAAUCAAUUUUAUUAGGAAACUUUUGUAUAAGUAGGAGAAAAGGUUUUUAAAGAACAGCUUGUUGAGGAGAGCAGAAAAUCAAAUACUGAAAAUGCGAAUUCUACUUUGAAAAUUGGAUCAUAGAAUCAAAACAAUAAGCAAUAAUAAAAUAAGCGUUUCUGUUGUUGAA